AUGACCGAACAUCCAACAGCAACAUGGGCUGCUAUGCCUGAAGGAAACGUCUUUUACCGCCGUCAGCAAGUAUACUCAAUACCGGGGAAACUACCUGAUCUCAAUGACUACGUCGUGGCUGGUUGUCGGAAUGGAGGCCCUUUAGCAAUGAUGCGGGACAAUACCAAGCUCGUUGCAUUGGGUCGUUCGACACCGGCUUUUGCGAAGGCUCAGAUACAGGUGUACUCGCUUGCGGGCGAGGGCUUGCUCCUCUUCAGUUGGGACCAGGGAAAGAUCAUCAAGUUCGGAUGGACGGCAGACGAGAAGCUGGUCGUGCUCAACGAAGAGGGCGUGUACCGGCUGUACGACCUUCAAGGCGACUACACUCAGCACUCACUUGGCACAGAAGCGGCGGAGAUGGGGAUCGUGGAUGCACGCAUACACCCUAAUGGGCUCGUCGCACUGACGGGGUCGUUAUUGCUGCUUGAGGUGAAGGAUUGGGAAGGCGGGAAACCAUUAACUCUUGCAUCACCUGGUCUUACUGAGCCACCUCAUGCAUGGGCAAUUAUUCCUCCUGAUCUCAACAUUUCACGACAUGUUGAAGUUCUCCUCUCCGUGGAGUCAACCAUACUGGCGGUGGACAACCUGGAGGCUGUGGACCAACGCCUUUCUCGUGGACCCUUCACGCACGUCUCGCCUUCUCCGAACGGCAAGCUUCUUGCGCUUCUGACAUUCAGUGAACAACUAUGGGUCGUGUCAACAGACUUCCAACGAAGUCUAGCGGAUAUUGAUACCUCGUCCCUUGGCGGAGAGGGUUCUGUACUGCAAGUGGAGUGGUGCGGGAACGACGCAAUUAUUGUGACAUGGAGCAACCUCGCCGUUCUCGUUGGGCCAUCGGGCGACACGCUUCCGUACAUGUACUAUGGCGCACCCUUCGCAGUAUCAGAAGUAGACGGAGUUCGCGUGGUUGACCGUGAAGUUUGUGAUUUGAUACAAAAGGUCCCCGCUUCCUCUCUCUCCGUCUUCCGACCUGGAUCCACAUCUCCCUCCGCCAUCCUUUUCGACGCAUGGGAUAGCUUCACUCAGCGUUCCGCGAAGGCUGACGAUAAUAUUCGGAGUAUACGACCUGACCUUGCUGUCGCCGUUAACGAAUGCAUCGAUGCUGCUGGCCGCGAAUGGGAACCAUAUUGGCAACGGCGACUGCUCAAUGCAGCUAAGUUUGGAUGGGGAUUCCUCGACCUCUACGACCCUACCGAUUUCGUAAACAUGGGCCAAGCGCUCAAAGUGAUGAACGCAGUCCGGUUCUAUGACAUCGGGAUCCCGUUAACGUAUUCUCAAUACCAAUACGCCUCCCCAUCACACCUUAUCGCCCGCCUUACCUCGCGCAAUCUCCAUCUCCUCGCUUUGCGCAUCUCCUCCUUCCUCUCGCUCAAGCCCGACGUCGUGCUCAAGCACUGGGCGUGCGCGAAGAUCGCGCGUGCGAAGCCCGCGACAACGGGGGGAGGCAAGGACGCGGAGCUCACUGCGGACGAAGAAGUGUGUAAGUCGAUCGUGGAGAAGUUCGAGCAGCUUGGCAAUGGGGAAGUGAGUUAUGCGGACAUUGCGAAGAGGGCGUGGGAGGUGGGCAAAGCGGGGUUGGCAACGAAGCUGCUGGACCACGAGCCCCGGGCUUCGGACCAGGUGCCGCUGUUGUUGAUGAUGCAGGAGGAUAGGCUGGCUUUGUUGAAGGCUGUGGAUAGCGGCGAUACCGAUUUGGUUUACCACGUCCUUCUGCACUUGCAUAAACGCCUGCCGCUGGGCUCAUUCUUCCGGUUGAUUGAAGAUGGCGGUACGAAGCUCGCGCCUGCGAGUAAACUGCUGCAAGUCUAUGCGAGGGAGCAGAAUCGCGAGAUGCUUCGCGAUUUUUACUAUUCCGAUGACCGUCGGGUUGAGAGCGCUGUGUUGUCCUUGGACGAGGCAUCGCAAAUGACUGAUCCAGCUGCCAUCCUAACUUCAGUCAAGGCGGCGCAGAAGUUCUUCUCCGAGGACAAAGACAGGGGCUUUGAGGCGAAGAUGAUGGAUGAGAACGCCCGUCUCUUGGCGUACCAGCAACAACUCGAGAAGGAGUCAGACGGGAAGAUUACGUUCUUCGGCCUGAGCAUCAACGAAACCCUGCGGACCCUGCUCAUGAACGGCAUGUCCAAGAAGGCGGACAAGGUCAAGUCGGACUUCAAGGUCGCUGACAAACGGUUCUGGUACGUGAAGCUGCACGCGCUGACUGCGAUGCGCGACUUCGAGGGCCUGGAUGCGUUCGCACGUUCGAAGCGGAGUCCCAUCGGGUACGAGGCGUUCGUGCGGCACCUGCUUGAGAAGGGCCACAGCAAGGAGGCGACGUCAUAUGUGAUACGGUGUGAUUCGCCGAGACGAGUCGAUCUGUAUGUCGAGUGCGGGGAUUGGAGGCUUGCGGGCAGGGAGUGUAAGGAGCGAGGGGACAAGGCGAAGCUUGAGUCAUUGAAGAGGACGUGCCCGAACUCGUUGAUAGCCAGGGAGUUGGAGCAGAUGCUGGGGUCUAUGAAGUGA